AUGUUUCUGAUUCCUGUGAUGCUACUUUUACAACUAGGAUUCCAAGAUGCUAUGAGUGCUGGAAUCCAGCGUGAGAUUCAGAAUGCAAGACUCCAACAGCCGUUUACUUUAAACUGUACCUACAACUGUUCCAAUGGCUUCAUUCGUGGUAAAUGGACAUGGGAAGACACUCCAGCUUGUAGCAAGUGCCACUGGGAUCAUAAGAUGUCAAAGUUAGGAGAUGUGUGCACUGUGAGCUUGUACAUACCUCAUCUAAUUAUGGAGCAAACACGUUAUAACUAUUCUUGCUUUUCUGAAGAGAGUGACCACCCGGGCCUUCCUCGUAAAAUGGAGCUUCUAGUAACACUGCAAGUUCAUGACAGCCAGAGUGACCAUGAAGUCCCUUAUGCUGACAUUGUGAUCUCUGUGAGAGGAUCCAGCAACCCGGAUCUAUCUGGCACCUUUAACCAGACUUCAAAAAAUCAAAGACCAAGAUGGAGAGAUGAGGCCAGAGCAGGGCUACUGCACGCUUCAGCUGACAGACUGCACAUCCACUCGAAAGAGGUUACUAGGAAAUUAAGCACAACGUCUGAAUAUGCUGUAAUUACCUACUCCUGUGAGGCUCUUAGUUAGUUAGCUACUUCAAAAAACUGCAUAUCUGAUAAUAAAAAAAAAUAGAAGGCAAAAUGUGAAAAUUGUGUAUAGCUGUCUGCCUAAUUUAUGUUGUCUGUAAUUAAAAAAACUAUAAAACUUUGAAUGCAUGUGUGAACUUGUGUGUGUUAUGCUUUUAUAGGCUUGAAGGAAAUAAUUACUGCAUUACUUUUGCUUUGUAGCACAAUUUCUUUUUUUUCUUUUUUUUACUGUGUUGGCAGAUUUGCCCUUUUUGACCAGGAAGGUCUGUAUGAAUGGUUUUAAGUAAUUUGUAGUCCUAAAGUCUAAAGUCCAA